GUUGAACUAAGCAGAAAUGGCACUGUUAAAUACUGUGAUUUCCUUGAUAAGUUCCAUGGACAUGAGCCAAUGAAAUCAGAGAAAUGGAUCAGUGGAACACAUAAAUAUAUGCAAACUCAAGGCCCCAAGGAGCAUAUGAAUAUAGACCAAUUAGAGAAAAUGUUGAGGGACAAGCUUGUGCCAAAUGUGAGAAACAUUGUUAAAUCCUUCCAUCUCUUUGAUUAUAACAGAGAUGGCAAGGUACAACGUCAUGACCUCAGGAAAGUCCUGGAGAAUUACUGCUUCAAAAUAACUGAUCAGCAGUUUGACAAGCUUUGGCAGAGGUAUGACUACCAUCACAGUGGCUUGGUGGAUUAUAUUGACUUUCUGCGGAGGUUGGGUGUCAGAGUGGAGAAUACAACCACAAAACCACAGGAGCCACAGGGUACAAAAGGAGCUAUGGUCUGGGAUCAAGCACCUUUGAAGCCCAAACUAGAAGAAUACAGGAGAAAAAUCUUUGAAGAUAGGGAUAAUGCAUUAAAGGGACUUAAUUUUGACCAAAUAGAAAUAGAGUUCAGGAAAAAGAUGAGAAGCAAUUAUGGCAAUUUAAAAAGAGCCUUCCUAGCAUUUGAUGCAGAGAAAAAUGGAUUUGUUGAUUUAGAAGAUCUAAAAUCAAUCUUAAUCAGUUUCACUGUUCCCAUGUCUGACCAGCUCUUUCAACAACUCAUGGAAAGGUGUCUUGUCAAGGCUUCAGGUAAAAUUCAGUGGGAGUGGUUUUUGGACAAGUUUCAAGAUCCUCAGGGCUCUGGCAAUGGACAAACUGUGCCAAUGAGAGUAAAUCAUAAGUACUUCCCAAUUCGUGAAACUGAAGAAACGAUGGAUGCUGAUGGAAUCUUAUCUCUUCUUCGUAACAAGAUUGAAAAUGGUUACAGCAGCUUUAAGAAUGCAUUUUUGCAAAUUGAUCAGAAUCGUGAUGGCAGAAUAACAAGAAAGGAGUUCAAAAAAAUUAUCAAGAAUUUCAAAAUCAAGUUGAGCAACGAUGAGUUCCAACUGAUGUGUGAUAGACUUGACCCCAACAAAACUAACUACAUCUCAUAUCUAAAAUUCCUACAGUUAUUCGAACCAAGAGAAACUAAGGAGGGUCACAAAUGGCUAAAUUCUGUUCACAGAUUCAACAACCAUCCUAGACCUACAAUAUUGGCUUGGGAAACAGUGGAGGAGAUCCUGCGUGACAAGGCCACAGACAACUGGCGUCCUAUCUCUGUGGCACUGGUUGCGUAUGAUGAGAGGGGAGAUGGUAUGAUACAAGAUGGACAACUUCGCAGGAUUUUGGACAAGUUCUGUUUGCCUGUGUCAGAGGAACAUUUUGCAAACAUGCUGAGUAGGUGUGAGAGCCAUGCCAAUGACAAGGUGAACUAUGUUGAGUUCAUGAUCCGUUUGGGUGUUGAUGUGAAGCCAGGGGAUGUUGUGGGACUCAGCACUCAAAUCACUGAGGGCAGUAAGCAGGAGGAACUCAGGCGUGCAACUGACCUGCAGGAAAG